UUAUUACUGUACGGAGUAUGGCAUAAUUGUAUUACAUGUACUAGGGAGUCUCUUGUCCUGCAGGGUUGGAGCCCAUCUGAUUGGAGUGUAUCUUAGUAUGAGUCUGUGUUGUGUAACUGGGAGGGCAUGUCAGGAGUCGUUGAGAGUCAGCUUAUCCGGAAGAUUCGGCGGGUCUUGUGCAAGUCCAGGUUGUUGGGUUGGGAGGAUGAACUUUGUGGUGGUUGUUGUUGUUGUGGUUGUGUUUGUGUUUUGUCUCUUUUUUUUGUUUUUCGUACCAUCGACGGCGGCUUGGUGGAAUACUGUUUACGGAGUACCUACUUACGAACGAAGACAUAUGACUUCAUUACUGCAGGGUGUCUGGACGAGUCGAGUAAUUCCAGGGAAGACCUCCUUGCGUCCUGCUGAGAUGCUCCCCCACAUCGCGGUGCUGGACUGGUGGUACAGACCACCGGCCUAACCCCGCAAAGGCAGAUCGGUCGGAUUUCACAUUCUUGAUUGGAGGUGUAGGAUUUCCCGGCCCAGGAGGGGACGAGACACUGGCAGAUGUCCGCAUUAGUCAGAACUGGGCUCUGUCGGUAACUAGUUAGGUGGUGGCCAAU